UGGACGCUUUGGCGAGUCUAGCACACGAAUGGAACGAUAUGCGGGGUGUGAGCACAUGGAAGAGGGGCGAGGAUUGCAACAGCAUGGAUGCCGUGCGAUGUGAUGGCGAUGGGCAUGUCAUUGCACUCUUCAUCACACAGUGCACCCUCGUCGACCCCCUGCCCACUGCUCUCCUCGCAUUGUCCCAUCUCAAGAAUCUGGAUAUGAGGGCGUGCUUUCAUCUCCCUCGCUCGCUCCCUCGCUCACUCCCCGAUACCCUAGGCAGCCUGUCCUCUCCCAUGGGCCU